AUGGGGCUGUUGUCGAUUAUCAAGCAGGUGAAGAUGCAGGAGAAGGAGAUGCGCAUCCUCAUCCUUGGCCUCGACAACGCAGGCAAGACGACGGUGGUGAAGAAGAUCAAGGGAGAGGCCAUCGAUACCAUCGAACCAACGCUCGGCUUCAACAUCGAAACUCUAACUCAUGAUGGCUUUACUCUCAAUGUGUGGGAUGUCGGCGGACAGAAGACCAUCCGCUCGUACUGGCGCAACUACUUUGAGGCCACAGAUGGCCUCAUCUGGGUCGUCGACUCGGCAGAUGCGCUCAGACUUGACACAACGCGUGCAGAGCUUGCUGCUCUGCUUGCAGAAGAGCGUCUCUUUGGCGCUUCGCUCCUUGUCCUCGCCAACAAGCAGGACAUUGCCGGCGCCGCAGACGCGGACGCCAUCGCCGCCGCGCUCGGCCUCGUCCACUCGACUGCCCAGCCUGAUGCAGACGCUCUUGCCGCUGCCGAUGCAGAGUCUGAUGCUGAACCCGCCGCAGCCUCGAGCUCGUCGCCCGCUCCUUCCACCGGCCCGACUCAAGUCGCCGCCAAGCGCCACUGGCACAUCCAGCCGUGUUCGGCCCACACCGGCGAUGGCCUCCUCGAAGGCAUCGACUGGAUCGUCAAGGACAUCGCCUCGCGCAUCUACAUGUUUGACUGA